CCAUUUGCUUCAGAGUUUCCAUCGUCUUGGUCCCUAGCUUUCUUCACGAUAUCACUCCUGAAGACAGCCAGGAGCCAGAGCGACCUGUUUCUCUGUUUGUGGCUACUGGUUCCUUUUUGGGAGCUGCCACCUUAGUUCUGUCAGCUGAAUAGGCACAGAAACUCUCUUAAUUCACAGAAUCCCAGUUAGUGCCACAGUAACAGAGAGGCCGUACUCCUUCAUCUCCUUGCUUCCGCCAUUAAUUCUGUGGGUUUCUUGGUGGUGCCACCAAUUUGGGAGGAAAUGGGAGAGGGCAAGGGUGCGCCGAAGCAGUGCUUCGCCAUUGAUGUGGCUCAGCAGGACCCUUCCAAAUUCUUCGAUGACGAUGGACGUCCCAAGAGGACAGGAAACAUGUGGACUGCCAGCGCUCACAUCAUCACGGCCGUGAUUGGGUCUGGAGUUCUGUCUCUGGCUUGGGCCAUUGCCCAACUGGGAUGGAUAGCAGGCCCUGCUGUAAUGAUCCUCUUCGCCUUUGUUAUCUACUAUACUUCCACGCUUCUUUCAGACUGUUACAGGUCUGGAGACCCUGUUAAUGGCAAGAGAAAUUACACCUACACGGAUGCUGUUAAGGCCAACUUAGGUGGUGUUCAUGUUCAGAUUUGUGGGUGGAUUCAAUACUUGAACCUUUUUGGUGUAGCAAUUGGUUACACAAUUGCUGCCUCCAUUAGCAUGAUGGCAAUCAAGAGGUCCAAUUGCUUCCAUAAGAGUGGAGGGAAGAACCCGUGCCACACAUCCAGCAACCCCUACAUGAUAAUCUUUGGUAUAUCAGAGAUAAUACUGUCCCAAAUUCCAGACUUUGAUCAGAUCUGGUGGCUCUCCACUGUUGCAGCAGUCAUGUCAUUCACGUACUCCACAGUAGGCUUGUCCUUGGGCAUUGGCAAAGUUGCAGAGCAUGGGAGUUUUGCAGGCAGCUUGACAGGGAUCAGCGUAGGCAAAGUAACGGAGGCUCAGAAGAUUUGGAGGAGCUUGCAGGCUUUUGGUGACAUAGCCUUUGCUUACUCCUACUCCAUUGUCCUGAUUGAAAUUCAGGACACAGUGAAAUCUCCUCCAUCGGAAGCGAAGACGAUGAAGAAGGCAACCCUCCUGAGCGUGGCGGUGACCACCACGUUCUACAUGCUGUGCGGCUGCAUGGGCUACGCCGCCUUCGGCGACCACGCGCCUUCCAACCUUCUCACCGGCUUCGGCUUCUACAACCCUUACUGGCUCCUCGACAUCGCGAACGUCGCCAUCGUCGUCCACCUCGUCGGCGCCUACCAGGUCUUCUGCCAGCCCCUCUUCGCCUUCAUCGAGAAGUUCGCCCAGAGCCGAUGGCCGGACAGCGACUUCAUCACCAAGGACAUCGCCGUCCCCAUCCCCUUCGCCGUCAAGCCCUACAACCUGAACCUUUUCCGCCUCAUCUGGCGGACCAUCUUCGUCAUCCUGACGACCGUCAUCUCCAUGCUCCUCCCCUUCUUCAACGACGUCGUCGGCAUCCUCGGCGCCUUCGGCUUCUGGCCCCUCACCGUUUACUUCCCCGUCGAGAUGUACAUCGCGCAGAAGAAGAUACCGAAAUGGAGCUCCAGAUGGGUGUGCCUCCAGAUACUGAGCUUGUGCUGCCUCGUCAUCUCCAUUGCCGCCGCCGCCGGCUCCAUGGCCGGGGUUGUCCUCGACCUGAAGGCCUACAAGCCAUUUAAGAGCACCUACUAGAAUAGAACUGUACUGCCAGUAAAGUUUUAAGCCUCUUUUCUGCCACACAUGGCGCCCACUUGUAGAUGAUGCCUAAGAACAGGGAGAAAUUUUCUCUACCCCAUGCAAACAUGAUAAGGACACAAGAGAUCCAAUCUUGUACCUUUUUUUAUUGUUUCAAUGGAAAUUAAAGCUUUAUUUUGUAUCAA